AUGGAGGGUCCAUUCGAUGCAGUCGUCGUCGGUGCCGGCUGGUUCGGUCUCGCAGCCGCCAAGGCCUACUCACAACUCCACCCGACCGCGAGCCUCGCCGUCCUAGAAGCUGCUGAGUCUUGCGGAGGAACGUGGUCCAAGAACCGCCUCUACCCCGGCUUGAAGUCGAACAACAUGAUUGGGACCUACGAGUACCCUGACUUUCCCAUGUCAGAGUCUGUGUACGGUGUCAAGCCCAACAACCACGUCCCGGGUGCGGUCCUGCACCGGUACCUUACCGAUUUCGCCAAGCACUUUGGCUUCUUCGAUCGUAUUCAGUUCAAUACCGCCGUCAACUUGGUAGAGAGGAAUGGCGAGAAGGGAUGGCGACUUUCUGUUGCCUCGCCGGCAGGGGAGCGCGUGAUCCAGACUGAGAAGCUCGUCCUGGCAACAGGAUUGACUUCGACACCGAACCUUCCCACUUACUCAGGAGCCGAGACCUUCUCUGGCCCUCUAUUCCAUGCAAAAGACUUUUGCAAGAGGGCAUCCGAGCUCAAAGGGGUCAAGAACGCCGUGGUCGUAGGUGGAGCAAAAUCAGCCUUCGACGUUGCCUAUGCCUUGGUACAGGACGGCGCGGAGGUAGACCUGAUCGUUCGUCCCAACGGCCACGGCCCUGUUUGGAUUGCGCCUCCCUUUGUUACACCUUUCAAGAAGAGAAUGGACCAGCUGCUCAACAUCCGUUGGAUGUCAUGGUUCAGCCCGUGUCCUUGGGGUGGUGAAGACGGCUACUCAGGUGUCCGUCAAUUCCUCCAUGGAACCACCUUUGGUCGCUUCAUUGUCGAUUCGUUCUGGAAGGUGCUGAGUGGCGAUGUUCUCUCGGCCAACGCGUACGAUUCUCACCCUGAGCUUCAGAAGCUGAAGCCUUGGCACUCGGCGUUCUGGAUUGGUAGCGGUCUUAGCAUCUUGAACUACGACAGCAGUUUGUUCGAUUUGGUCAAGGAGGGCAAGAUCCGUGUUCACAUUGACAACAUCGAUCGGCUAGAGGGCAACAAGGUCUUCUUGUCUUCUGGUGAGCAACUCGAUACUGAGGCGAUUGUUUGCUCCACCGGCUGGAAGAAGGAGUCGACCAUCAAGUUUGCUGGUCUCAACGAGGAGAAGCUCGGCCUCAAAUACUCUGCGACUGAGAGACGUGCUUUAGAUCAAGAAGCGGACGCCAAAGUUCUUGAGCUCUUCCCUCGGCUGGGAGACCAACCGAAACUGAGAUUCACCCCCAAGGAGGCAAACCCCUUGCGUUACUACCGCUUCAUGGUUCCCUCUACAAUGGUGGGCUCUCGCGACCUCGCCUUUGCCGGCAUGAUCUCAACUGUCAGCACCUCAGUCUGCGCCACGAUUCAAGGACACUGGAUUGCCGCCUUCUUGGGUGGCCAGCUGGAUCGUCUUCCCACAUCUGAUCAAGAGAUUACGGAUGAGAUCAUGCUGCACACACAAUGGGGCAAAUGGCGCUACCCCUGCGGUUACGGUGCCGACCUUCCCGACUUUGUGUUUGAGGGUUUGCCAUACGUCAACAUGUUGAUGAAGGAUCUUGGAGUAGAGACACAUCGCAAGUCAAGCCGUCUUCAGGAGCUUACGUCGCCGUACUUGCCGGCUGACUUCCGUGGCCUGGUUGAUGAGUGGAAGCAGGGUCACGGUGCCAGCGAAACCGAGAUUGCCACACAUAAGGUUGUUACUUCAGGGACGGAUGAAUGA